AAAUAUUAUGUAUAAUCAGCAAGUCUGAUGACAAAGAUACAGUGACAAUAAUGUAUGAAUAGGAAGGCUCUCAGCAGUGCCACCUGACCAGAAUAGUGGUUUUUGAUGAGAAAGAUUUGUUUUUAAUGAUAAUAAAUAAUGGUUGAGUGUUGACAGUUGACUAGUCUAUGGCUUUUUUUAUUACCUCCUGAAAAUAUACUACUUCUUAGUUCUUACUUUUAUUCGAACAAUCCAACCGCGGUUAUAAUUAUUUUACACUAGCUGUAAAAAAAAAAUUUAAUAAUGUCUGUGAACAAAAAUGUCAACGAUAAGAACAAACAACGUGCUAUUCAAUUUAGUUUAAAAUGUAUAUUCUGCAAUGGAAAUGGUGAUAGCAAUCUAAAAAUGUUAGAAUGUUUACACCUUAUAUGUGACAAAUGCGUUGGAAAAGAAGUUGUGGCUAAUCUACACAAAUUAGGUAAAGGUAAAGUUUUCCAUUUGGAGUGUAUAUGUGAAGUGAAAACAUUGAAUGGAUUAGUUGAAUUGCCUUUUAAGUCGUUGAGCAGUUCAAUAAAAAAAAAUUAUUGUAAUAUACAUGAUUGUAAUAACGAAGCAAAUUUUAAUUGCACAACUUGUAAGGAACUGUUGUGUGCUUCAUGUGCAACUCAUCACAUGAGUUCCCUCUCUAAAAUUGUACACGGUCUAAUAUGCAUUCCGGAGAAUUCGUUAUUUUGUACCAAACAUUCAGGAGAACUUAUCAAUAUGUACUGCGACAAGUGUUUUAUGAUGGCUUGUUCCCAGUGUCUAUCGGUUGAUCACAAAGAACAUCCCAACAGGGAUAUCGAAGUUGUCAGUAAAGAAACUAAAUUUGAUUUGUCAUCAAUUUUGAUUGAUAUAGAGAAGAAUAAUAAAUACAUGGAACACUGCUUAAAAAUAAAUACAGAAAACAUUUGCAGUCUAAGUGCGCAAAAAAAAGGUGUUAAAAAUAAAAUAGACCUCGUAGUAUCUGAAAUAAAAGAUUUAAUAACGAAACGCGGAAAUGUUCUAAAGAAACAAGUGGACGAAACUUAUGAAGAAAGUCUUAAAGUAGCACAAAAACAAAAACAAAACAUUUUAAAUACAAUAGAAAAAAAUGUAUACUACUCACAUUUUACAAACAAGCUUUUGGAUAACAAUGAAAACAUUGGGAAUAUCCUUAAACAUCGAAAAAUCAUAUUAACUCAAUUAGAAAGAACUAAAAAUUUAUCUAAUAUAGAAGUUGGAAAACUCACGUCCAAAAUAAUAUUUGACCAUCAAAAAAGCUUCGAAAAUGUUAUAUCAGAUAUCAAUAAUUUUGGAACUAUAUCAUUGACAUCUCAAGCCAGUGAUCGUGAACAGUCAACACAAAAUUUGUCGAAAAAAGACUCGUCUACCGCCAAUAAUAACACUAUCCAAAAUAAUUUAGCGGCGCCAUCAUCUUCUUGUCCAAUGUUUCCUAAAAACGAUGUAAGACAAUUUUUUGAUACUAGAUUUCCUGAAAUCGAAUUCCAAAAAUUACAGGUCAAAAGCGCUGAUAAUCAUACAACGGAUUACAUGUCUGAUAUUGAUAGUUCUGAUGACGAAGCCAUAAAAGAAUGCGCGGUAUGUUGCCAAGGAAUAAUGGCCAGUGAAAAACUAGUAGAAUGUUGUAAAUGCCAAAGGAUCUAUCAUCCUGACUGUCAUGUGCCGAAGGCAACUGAUGAAGAUGUUGAAAACUCGGCUACGAAGAAAUGGAUUUGCAAUUUGUGCAUUGAUUAUACAGCUAUGUUGUCUACUCCUAAUCCUGAAUUGAGAUUAUCAAACUUGAACAAAAUCGUCAGAUGGAUUCUGCUGGAAUUGUAUUGUAAGAAUGAUGACAGUGUGCACUUUUUAGAAUGUGCUCCUAAAGAAAUUAGUGCCCAGUACUAUGAAAAGAUUAAAAACCCAAUAGCAUUGAACAAUAUCAAAGCCCGUAUAGAAACAGAUCAGCCAGUGCCAGUGCUGAAUGACAUCCUUAGAGAUAUAACUCGUGUAUUUGAAAAUGCCAAAUCGUACUAUCCCGACGCUCAUUGUGUUCAUCAGUCGGCCACUGCUUUACUCGAUCACUACGCAGGUUUAAAAAAAAAAUAUAUAAGAAACAUAUGUUCAACAACCUCGUGAAUCCCCGAACAAAAACAUGAACAAUCUAUUUAGUGUUAAGUUAUAUUAUCUAUGUGUUUAAGCAUUUAACAUUUUUUUAUACAAAUUAUAUUUUUAUUUAUUACAAGCUGUACAAUUUUCUGUAAAUACAUUUUGUAAUCAAUAUUAAAAGAACGGUUUACAUUAUAUUAA